UGGUAUCAAAACAUCUUGCAAGAGCGACUUUUUCCAACGAUCCAUGAGCAAUUUGGUGAUGAACCAUGCAUUUUCUAGCAUGAUUGAGCACCAUGUCACAAAGCAAGAGUGAUAAAGAAGUGGCUCGAUCAUUAAAUUGAAAUUUUGGAUCCGUGACCAGGCCACUCCCCGGAUCUCAAUACCAUAGAGAAGCUGUGGUCAGUUCUCAAAAAGCGAGUGGACAAGCAGAAGCCCACAAAUUGGGAUCAACACCGAAAACAAAUAAGGCAAGAAUGGAUCUCCAUCAGUCAGGAUUUUGCCCAGAAGCUAAUAUCCAGCAUGGCAGAGUGAAUUGCAGAGGUUAUGAAGAACAAAGCUCAACACUACUGAUGCCUUAGAUGAGUAGAAGGUCCUGACUGAUGGCAGUAGCAGAGACAUGGGUGAAAAUCAGCAGUUACAUCAGAUGGGAAAGGAACUGGCAUUGGUGCCAUUACAUGGAUUAUGCAAGAUUGUAUGGCACUGUCAGGCAAUAUUUCAGUAUUCUCUCAGGAUAUAAUGAACAGACUUACUCCAUGAGUAUUGAACAAUAAGAUUUCUUCUCUACUGCUGAAUGUACAGAAGUUGCUAUGCGCAAACAAUAAACAUUGGACAGGAUAGGUGAGACCAUUCCACAUAUUAAGUGGACUGAUCUUAUUGCCACCAAAGAAAGCCAAAUGUCUGUGGGUCAGGAAAGUGAGUUAUCAGAUGAGGGACUCUCACUGAGGACUGAGUCUAAGGACAAAGUGACCCCAGGUGUGUUUCUUGUUCCACCACAAGAUCAGACGGAAGUUAUAAAGGAUUACAGCAAGCAGAUCUCGCCAAAAAAUGAAUCGGACCAAAUGAGUCUUCAUGAAAACCAGACUGUUGAAGAUAAAUUAGCCCAUUUUCAUGAGAACACAAGGAGUCUACCAACAAACAUGCAGCUGAUAUCCAAGAUACAGUCUGAUAACUCUACGACAGAAGCUUGUGAGGUAACAACCAAAGCUACAAACAUUGAUAACAUCUCAUCCAAUGAUUUACUAGAGAUUAAGGUUCAACGACAAUCUAUUUUAAAUAAAGAUUUUCAUAAUGACGAACUACUCUCACCUGGUGGAGGCAAUCACACAAGCAAGGAGUUGUGUAUUGAGAAUAAUACACAGGUUGUUGAUGUUGCACAUGCAAGAGGGAGUAAACUUAGGAUGGACCUAAAUGCAAACAAAGAAAAAUUUGAAUAUAAUAAAGACUGCAUUGAAGAUUAUAAAACACAAAUUUUAUGUAAUGUAAGAGAGGAGAUACUUGAUAUCGGAAGUAACAUGGCAGUGACAAGUUCUUUGGGACAAUAUGAAGAAGACCUGGUAUUAGAUUUAAGCCUACCAAAAAAGAAAGACCGAAAUACGGAAAGGAAGUGUGAAUGGGUUGUAGACCCUGAAUAUGAAGGUUCACUUCAUAUGGAAGUUGAUGAAAUUGAGGAGGAGCCUCAACAUGUAGAAGUGGAGCAGGAGGAUGAUAAUGAAAUUCGCUGCAUUUCAUCAGUAAGUGACACUCAUACAUAUCUGCCUCAGCAUUGGGAUGGACAUCUUUCCUCCUCUUCGCUUGAAGCUAUGCCAACUACAUCGUAUCCCCCAGAUCCGAUGGAUACACUACUUAUAGAUGACCAGGGCAUUCCUUACACACUUACCGUAGAUGGACAGAAAGUUCCACAAAUUGAGAAUAUGCAACAUGCAGAGGACCUCUCUACACAAACAGAUCUAAGCCCAAGACAAGCUGAAGAUAAGCCCUCAUUCACUGCUGAUGUACAGGAUAUUGCAGACUCCAGACUACAAACACUAACCAAUUCACUGUGUCCAAAUAUGUCUAUAGGCCAUGUCUCAGUGGAAACCUCACAAGUUGCCCCAAACCAGGAGCCAAAAUCUUCUUACAGUUCUGUAGCUCUUGAUAAACCCUCCAUCAUGUCUGACUUGACAUCAGUUCCCAUUCAGAUUGUGGCUAAUACUACUGGGUCAAACACUCCCAUUCUUCUUCUUCCUCCAUCUCAGCUUCAGUCUCUUUCCUCACAGGCCUCUAAAGCUAACCAAGGGCUAAUUACCCUUUCCUUACCAGUUCCUCUUAGUCAGAACACUCAGUCCUCCCCCAUGUUCUUAGUUUUGUCAUCUCCUCAGGUGUCCUCAACUCAGAAUUCGUCUUCGCCUGGGCAGUUAUCUCAAAUUUCCUCUUCUUCCACUGUUGCACUUCCCAUAGGAUCUUGUCCACUUGAUUUGGGAUCUACAUUAAGUUCACGUCCGUCACUUCUCAGCCUCAGCACAGUAUCCUCUACCACAGCUACAGACAUCUCAGGACUGAAUAACCCUUCUAAUCUUCCUGUUAGCCCUACCUCAGAUUCCUCUAGCACUUCCACAGUGACCUCUACAAGUCCAACCAAGCAAUUCAGCACUGAUGCCUACUCCGACACAUCAGUGCCCACUUCCUUUCGGGAAGCCCUUCUCAGAUUGGCUGUGUCUGUGGAGAAGAAACAAGAAAACCAGCCUGAGACACAUUUGGUCACUACUCAUUCAUGUUCUGAAGCCACCAAGCUGGAUUCCUCUGCCAUAGUCCAUGAAAGUAAAAAUAAAGAGACAGAGGUAAACUGUGAUGGUGAGACUGAGUCUACCUCGGUAGACCAAACAGACUCAUUGGAUACCACCUCUUCUACGUCACCCAUUCGUCCCGUAUCACCUGGAAUUUUAAUCAGUGACCCAAAGAACCAAGAAUUAGGCCCUCGUCGCAUUCUGUACUGUCAGUACUGUCCGCGGAUCUUUUACUAUCUUUCGGACCUUGAGCGCCAUUCCAUCACACACUCCCAAAGCAAACCCCAUGUAUGUCACCUUUGUGGCAAGGCGUUCAAAAGAUCAAGCCAUCUUGAGCGACACAAACACAUCCAUACAGGUCAGAGAAACUUUGUGUGCCAGCUUUGCUCAAGGCGUUUUCGUGAAUCUGGGGAACUAAUGAGGCACCAGAGAGUACACACCGGUGAGAAACCCUUCCAGUGCUUAAUAUGCCACAUGCGUUUUGCAGAGCGCAACACACUGCGACGUCACACGAAGCGCAAGCACCAAGGCCAGCAGCUGGAGGCGAUAGACAUGAAGGCAAAGCCAGAAAGUGGAGAGAUUUCCCUUGCUGGUAUACAAGGAGAGCCAGAAGAGAAUGCGGAGUGGUACAGUUCAACAGUUCCAGAAAUGGAGUCUGACAGUGACACAGGGGGAGAAUGAGAACUACAUGGAAGGCAUAUUAUUGUCUAUAUUUCAUUCAUUAACUCUCGAGACCUUUACUGGUGAUGACUGAACUAGGCAAUAUUCAACUUCGGAUUCAUUCUAAUAAGCUUCAGUUAUUGAGUUAGACCUCUUGAUGAAAUACAUUUGUUUUGAUUCUUUACCUUGAAUAACUUGGAAAUACCCUUAUUUGCUUAUUUAUUGUUCUCAUUUCAGUUUUUCGCAUAUGCAGCAUCUUUCUUCAAGGGUGUGAUGUAGUUACUGUAAAAGAUUAAGAGGCUCAUUAUUGUUAUUUAUAAUUUUGUAUUAUGAUCUCUUGAAAUCAAGGAUUAUUGCAUCAGUAUAUCUAGGUCCAUUAAUGACUAGGCCCACAAGAAAUUUGCAGCCACAAAACUCCACAUAAUUGGAACAUACUUCAUUCUCAAAGUUCUUCUACACAUCUUCCUCUCCUUUCAUUGUGAUACUCUACCUGACCUGCAGGGGACAGUAUGGGGUUGCGUCCUCUUUAAACUUUCAAACUUGCAUCAUACAGAUCUUCUGACCUACCAGUGUUGUCAUUUACCCAUUUGUUUGGCAUUCUUCACCAUUUAGUUGUAGAGUUUACAGGUUAGCACAUUGUCUUGUUUUCAUAUGUUCUGUAGAAUUCUCCAGAUUACCUUCAAAAUGGAGAAGAAAG